AUUCUGUUGUCUUGUGUCUGUCUCGCGAUUGAGUCGUGCCCAGGAAUCAUGAAGUGGAUACUUGUUGAGUGGCUUGUUCUAACACUUGUGUUAAAGUUUGCCAAAAGCCAAGAAGCGCCAUUUAGGAUAAAUAUAACCGACUUCCAAAACUGUGACGACGUGAAUUUAGACGAUGUCGCUGUCUAUUUAACGAGUGUCUCCUACGAACGUGACUCAUCUGGACUGUGCGACACAGUUCACGGCAAAUACACCGUGAAGGUGCUCGAUACGUCGCGACGAGAACUCAUCAUCACGAUGUUUCAGUGCCCAACAGACGCUGUUGGGCAGUGCAAUGAGAAUCCCGUGGAGCAUCACACGGCACUGCACUGCUCCAAGUUCAUCGAUGACGAUUCCGGGCCGUGGCACAUGCUGUCCAACGCAAUGUCCGGCUCACGGUGUGGCGACGAAGUUGGAGACUUCGAGUUGAUCAGCUCAAAGAUGCGCUUCGACUAUCUGAUGAAUGACCAGAAGAACUAUAUCACGCUGAACGAUAAAAUGCGCAAAUAUCGGGCGAAAAUGAUUUUCCACACUGAGGGAAAGAAAUCCACAAGAGCAUGUAUUUCCGUUGGAUUCACGCUCUUGCCAGUGUCUUAAUGUCCCCCCGAAAUCCCAUGAACAAUAAAACCAAUAGAAGCAUACAAAGCACUCCAUGUUUCACCUUCUUUUGCCGACAACUUCUCAAGCCCAAAGACAAACUUCGACAGUGUCUCCAUAAUUGACUUUGCCCGUAAACGCGGUGUAAAUUGUCUGGUAAUUGAAUUUGAUGAUAAACAAACAAGGUAUCUAAUCAUUUAUGCAAUUAGUAAAGUCCAUAAAAAGGCUGACUGAUUAGGAAGUGUUCCCAUAGUGUAAGAAUCAUGGGAAGUCGUACAGAGUGUUUAUCAGUAAGCCGAAAUGCAACACUUGAGCGCCACAUUUUUCACAACAUCUGGAAGGAAAUGUCAUGAGAUUUUUUACCACACUAAUCACGACAUUUAAAAUCUAUCAAACUGCUAAAGUAAUUUGUAUGUGGGCUGACUUGUGUGAUGCCAAGACGAGCGCGACUCAUUUCAAGAGCCCUAAAAGAUACGCAUUUAGAGAUAUUAAUCAAGCACAGAAUUACAGAUUAAAUCGAGACUAUAAAGCAGCAUCGCGAGGAGAAGAACACG